AUGCUACGGAGAGGCUUCCAGAUGGCAGUGAUACUUGGCCACCAUGGAACUCUUCCUGGUGCCACCCACCUCCUGCCCAGAUUCAACCCUGCCUCAGCCUUCGGAUCCUCCACGGAGUCCCUGGUCUCAAGAUUCUGUCAGGAGAUGACAAAGACUAAGAAUUAUGCCCUCCCCAAUGCCAGCUGGGGUCCAGACAUGCUGAGCCUGUAUCAUGAAUUUCUGGAGAAGACCAAGACCGAUGGCUGGGUCAGAGUGCCUUCCUUCAGGUCCAACAGAGACCACAUCCAGGGGUUCAAGCUCCCACUAGAGUUAUCAGCUAACUCAGAUAAGAGUGACUGGCGCCUCUUCACCAGGUGUAUUGAAAGGGAGGGACAAGGCUACGAGUAUGUCAUCUUUUUCCAACCAUCUGAGAAGAAGUCCGUCUGUCUUUUCCAGCCAGGCCCCUGCUUGGAGGGGGUCCCAGGGUUUGCCCAUGGAGGGUCCCUGGCAGCCUUGAUAGAUGAGACCUUUUCUAAAACUGCUUACCUGUCUGGAGAGGGGCUAUUAACAGUAAAUUUCAACAUCAGGUUCAAAAACUUGAUUCCCCUGGGCUCUCUGGCUGUGCUGAACGUCAAUGUGGAAAAGAUCGAGGACCAGAAGAUGUACCUGUCCUGUGUCACCCAGAGCAGAGAUCAGCAGACAGUUUACGCUAAAGCCUCAGGCACUUUCCUCCAGAUGCAGCUGGAAGAGGAGUCAUCUCAACAAUAG